AUGGAUCAAUGGUUAAAAACUGGUACAAUAAAAAACCAAGCCCAAGUUGGAAAAAAUAUUCAUUUAAGAAGUACUUCUCAAGACUUAGCUAAAGAUUUGGUACAACAUACAGAAAAUGCACAGUCUUCAGUUCUUCAAAAAGGUAAAAAGAGAAAAUACAAUGAUGAAUAUGUAAAAUAUGGAUUUUCAUAUGUAGGAGAUUUUGAUUAUCCUAAACCUAAGUGUAUUGUGUGUGGUGAAGUAUUGUCAAUUAGCUGCAUGAAACCUUCUCUACUCUUAAGACAUUUAGAAACAAAACAUGCCGAUUAUAAAAAUAAAGAAUGUGAUUUUUUUAAACGUUUAGCUAUAAAUAAUGAGAAUACUUCGAUUUUAACAUCAUACAUAAAGCCAGCUAAUAAAGACAACUAA